AUACAAAUUGUCCAUUCAGCGUGCAAAAUGAGUUGCCUGUCAGAUCUGUCAUGAUUGGCCUAUUGCCAUGCCAAUCAGCCUGGACUAUUUUUAUUACUUUCCUUCGUAUCCAUAUGUCCUUGCCAAGAUUCAUUUAUACAGUCUGAUUGGCCUGCUCGCUUGUCACCUCAAAGGAUCGAAACAUCUGAAGAAGAAGAUUCAAGUCAUGCUGUGGGUUGGAUGCUUCAUGUCUGGUGGAGGCUGAUAUGGCUGAGCAUCAUCUAUCAGCGGUUUUAUAUCGUCUUAUCUGGCUGCCUGACAGGCUUCAAAAUAACGUCAGAUGUCAUGG